AUCAGAUGCGUCCGUAGCAGAACGCUGUCACUACACUACAUAAAUGCAACUCACUGGGACAUUUGAUGUGAAACUCGGCAAGAGUUUUCUCCAUCGAGAUCCAACAGCCUCCUCCUAUAUGACAAUGCGUUGUGAUUUUAUGCCUGCCUCAGUGGACCGAUCACAACCUGGCUCAAUCAGGGUAAAUGAAGGUAACGAAGUGGUUGUUAACAUGCCUAAUGUAACAAGCACGACAUCGGAGAACACAACAGCAACGACAACAACAACUACUACAUUUCGUGGGACUGCUCGUUCUGUUCAGAAAGAAUGUAUUUUGAUAUAUAAUAAAAAUACUCAUGAAGUGACUUUAGAACGGAUUGCACAUACUGUACAGUUGAAGAAAACUCGCGAGGGACGAAAUCCCGAAACCUCCUGUCCGCCUAAAUCUGAGGCUACACAAAAACCAGCGAACGAUCCAGAGAUGUCAAAUACUACAGCACAACAACAGUCAUCACAGAAGAAAACACACUCGAGAACUCUGAGCAGCAGUAGUAGUGGUUCCAGUGGCAGCAAUAGCAGUGGCAGUUGUGAUAUGGACGUGGAGUCAUCCGACAGUGAUGAUGAUGGCGACAGUGUUUCAGAUCGAAGUGAUUCAACUUCUUCUACUCUGAGCAGUUUAUCAUCAAGUAAACGGAAGAAAUCAGUGAGAACUAAGCCACCGUCUUCGCAUACAAAAUGUGACGCUAAAGCGGCGUCGGCGCCGGUGGCGGCAGUGGUGGUCAAUUCGAAUUCGGCAGCUCAUCGUAAAUUAAUUGAGCAUGAUUUAAAGUUAAGUGAUUCUGACUCUGAUUGCUGCAGUGACUGACUGACUGACUAGGAGAAGGAGAAGGAGAAGUAGAUGUACACUACACACAACCGAAGGAAUUAGUUUUGCCAAUUGUAAAUAUACAUUUUAACACAAUCUUUAUUGUAGUAAUAAUUGUGAUGUGAUCAAUGCUAAAUAUUUGUAAAAUGUUUCGAAAACUGAUUAGUUUUUUCUUUCUUUUUUUGACAGAUCUUGUGAUAUUUUAUCUAUUUAUCAUUAAAAAAAAUAAAUACUGUUGUCUCCCUGUACCACAUCUCAUUUUUUCCCUUGAACUUUUAACAGUAAUCGAUUUUUGUUCGAUGGAGAUUUUUACUCAUUAACUUUCUUUAAUGUUUAUAGUGUGUAGUGUGUAUUGUGACUGUGUGUGUGUGUG